CGAGCUGUAUAAAUAGUAAAUGAACGGUCGAGUGGGGCAGUAGUAACCGCAGAGUCCCCAGCCCAGCCGCACCAUGUACAAGCUCCUGCUCCUUGCCGCACUUUUGGGAUGUGCCCUGGCCGCCCCCAGCAACGAUGACGUCAUUACAAAGUACCAGACCAACGCGGAUACGGACGGCACAUACGCCUACAGUGUGGAGCAGGCCAGCGGCAUUGCCUUUGGUGAGCAGGGCCAGGGCGGAGUGGGAGCCCGUGGCUCCUACUCCUACAUCUCGCCCGAGGGCAUACCCGUUCAGGUGACAUAUGAGGCCGACGAGAACGGCUUCCGGCCGCAGUCGGAGCUGCUGCCCACCCCUCCGCCCAUCCCGGAGGCCAUCCUGCAGGCCAUCCGCUUCAUUCAGGAGCAUCCCACGCCCGAGGAGCUGGCCGAUCGCGCCGUGCGUGCCCAGCAGAUCUAGAUCUGGUCACUCUCCGUAGCCUUAAGUUUUGCCUAAGUGUCACAACACAUAUCCCCCAUUCCAUUCCAAAGUAAAACCCACGCACACACGAGCGUAAGCUGCUG